AUGCGUAUUCAAUCGAUAUCUACUGUGGUGUUCUGUUUGCCAUUCGUUGUCCAGGUAUUUGUUGGAAGUUCUCUCGAGAAGAAAGCGGCACCUACAGUUGAUGCCCCCAACUGCGCUUUGACAUGCCUUGGAACUCUAAUUCCUCAGUACUGCGACUCUUUGACAGAUACAACUUGUAUCUGCACGAACACCGAACUUGCUGGCGCAUUGCUGCCAUGUGCAUUAUCAGCAUGCAAUGUAACGGACUCGCUGCAACUCGCAAGAUAUCAAGCCGAGGUCUGCGAGGUGCCUAAUGAUAUGAGUCGGUACUGGCAACAGAUACAUACAUACAUUGUGUUGGUACCUUUGACGACUAUUUUCGUUGCUCUGCGCAUCUUUGCCAGACUAGGGCUUAAUGUUGGACUUGGAGCUGAUGAUUACGUUCUGCUCCUUGCGUUGGCCUUCUACUUGAUCAUGACCUCAACAGCAUGGACAAUCGCUGUAACAGGAUUUGGACAGCACACCUUCUGGCUCCUGACGAGACAGGUGAUGAGAGCAUUAAAAUGA